AUGCAACUUUUCCUUGAAGCUGUCAUUGGAGCCAAUCCUGCACUCCUGGACCCAGAUGCAUUGCCAGUGCCACUGAAAGUGCCAGACCUGACCCAGAAGAAACUGUGUGUAGGAAUCAUGAUGCAUGAUGGGAUUGUGAUGCCCCAUCCCCCAACCAUUCAAGCACUCAAGUGGGCGAAGGAAAAGCUGGAAGCCUCAUCAGAGGUUGAGGUGGUGGGCUACACCCCAUAUGACCACAAUCGUGGAUACAGCAUAGUUGAGGGUGGAGAAGAGAUGCUUCCCUUGACAGAAUGGGUCAUUAGUCCACCACACGUGAGAGAUCAUGAUGCCACACAAGUUUGGAAGCUGCAUGAUGAACAUGGUAAUUACAGGAGGGAAUACUCUGAUCACUGGUGGUCCCAAAACCCAGAGGAAAAGAGUAAGGCACUAGUCACCAGCACUAUUCAGCUUCCAAGCUAUCCACUUUGGAACCACUUUGCUCCCAUAGUAUUCUGUCCUCCCAUGUCCUGCCUAUGUCCACCUACCUCUGCUGGUCUUAUUACAUGUGUCCUUGUGUUCCGCAGUGCUUACAGUACUUCCCUUCCCUGGACCUUUGCAGGUGUCGGGUCACUUUAG